UCACACUUCAAAUGACUCGUUUAGCGAUCGAACAUGACUCCCCAGCUACUCCACACAUCUAAUUGCUAGACUGGACAAGUCUUCCACGAUUCGGUGGUAGACAAAAUUACAUAGAUUAACGCGUUCUAAUCCCUCGAGAAUGCCAGGUGCGGGUCUAAUGCUCUUGAAGGAACUCCCGCCAGCAUUUAGAAGGGCACCGGUAUCUCACGAGGCAGCGAGGUUUCGGAACGGUCAAGCUUUGGACCGUUGACUGUCACGGAUCCGUGUUGGUGGUACGGUAGCUGCUGGUACUACGCAGUAAUAAUACAGUAGUUAGUCAGUGGUGGAAUUGUGACGAGCAGGCCUUUUGUGAUUAGUGAGAAAGAAAGAAAGAAAAAGAGGUGCGCUACUCAAAAUUCUUGCAAGUGGAGGCCGAGAGAAAGAAGACGACGACAGCAGCAUUGUGAUCGGUUUGUCAGCAGCACCAUCAUUACAAGCUUUUACAAUUGUUAAAGGAAGAGCUAGAAACAUCGGGCCGACAGACAAGACGAUUGUGGAAACGCCGAGGUAAGAUGAUGGCAUCGAAUGAAUCGGAAGAGUUCGUUUGUUCGACGCGACUUUCGUUGUCAGUUGAAAAAUGAGUGUUGUGACACUCGAGAACCGAUACAGCGUUCUGGCAUUCAUUCGUAUCGACUUGACAGCCAUGGUAUUAUUAUUUGGUGUCAAUUCCAUGCGUUUGCCUGUUGUUUUUGAUUUGUAUCGAUUACCGCACCAUCGUUGCGACCGUCGAGAGGUGCGUUGUGGCUCUUGUCACCAUGGCCGUUGCUUUUUUUGAGAAUUUUACUCGCGGAGGUUCGAAUCGCACCGGCAUGUCACCUGUCACGCUCGUCAUUGCUGGAAUUGUAUGAUUGGCAUUAGCAAUGCCGGUGCAUGAUCGCAGAAAGGUUGCGCGCACUCCUGGCAGCAUAUGUUCAUCUCCGUAUUUGUAGACCACUGUAUUGUAUAUUUGUCCAGUGAUGUAGGAUUGAAUGGAGCGACGGCGAAUGCUGCGAUCAUACCCGUGUUCUCUGGUUUGAGGAUGAAGAUUGUCGACUGACGUUUCGCCAUUCCCUUCAUUGUCGAUAGUGUAGCGUCGCAGCGAUAUCUUAGUAUCGGAAUCAGUAGUGAGUCGCUGACUAAGUGUUGUGAUUGAACGGUUAGAGCGGGUAUGCCGAUCGGGUGUACGUGAGUACCAGAGUCUACGUUGAUUGCCUUUGGCACAGUCUUAACCGAAGGAACGUCAAUUGGAACUCACUUAGAUGACAUUGGCUGACCCUGCCUACUUGUCCAUCAGCCAUCCGACAAGCUACAAACCUUCGCUUCCACUGUUCACAAGCAAGAGUGUGUGCCUCUGAUCAGCCAUCGACAACAUCGGCUGGCCUCUUGAUCCAAUCAUUCAUUCAAUCAAUCAUCAACGCUUUCUGCAUUGGUUGGUUUGACUUGUCUUGUUGUUUGGAUUGCCUUACUUUGCGAGACAACAACAAGAAGAAGGAUCAGGACAGAGAGCGAGAGCGAGAGAGAGUUGUUGUAGUACUCUAGGUGUUUGUUUCUGUCUGUUAGCUCAUGAACAACAGCGGAAACGUCAAUUUGUCAUUUUUUGAGUUUCGGAGUCUGAGUUGGGUCCUGUAGGAAUCCUACUGGAGUCUACGCGGAGUCGAAAGCUUUCAUUUGGCUGCAUCUGUCGGUGAUUCCAUUGUUGAAGAAACGCCACUGUCGAAACGAUCUGGAGAUUGCUUCGUUUGUUGGCAUUUUUGGCAAGUGACGAGAUUUGGCGAUCAAGAGCACAAUCCAUCAAGAGCACACAACCUUGACUUGACACAAGACGACGAUAGAAGGAGCUUUUAGUUCAUUCCAUCUCAGUUCAUCAAGCCUUUUUGUGCAGCACCAUUUCCCUUUUUUGAUUGAUUCUAUCGCUUACUUUCUGAUCAAACGACAUGCCAGUGGCCGCCUCUGCUGCUUAUCCCCCUACAGCCACCUACACUCAACCACACCACCACCAGGCACCGCCUCAGCCCAUGGUAGGAUACGGACACGGUUCUCAUCACCACUCGCCUUCUCCUGCUAGCGUUGCCAUGGACAUGGACACUGGAAACAGUCACUCCAGGACCAAGUACUCCUCCAGCUCGGGAAAUAACCCAAGCCUGAAUAUGCAGCCUUCUCCAAGACCUGCAAGCCACAGAUCACUGCGAGAAGAUCCAGACCACAACAACAGCAAGAGUCGAUCCGCUAGAUCCUCAUCCAGAGAUGCCAGACGCUCUUCACGUUCGAGAAAGUCACACGGCGGUGCAACCAGCUCUUCUUCCAAUGCGGUGCAGUUCCAGCAUCCAUCCAGUUCCAGCAGUCGCCGAGUCGCGGGAGGACCCUACUCACAACAGUCACAACAGCCGCCCCCACAGUCAGCGCAAACGCCACUUGUCAAUCACCCGGCUUACCACAAGAAUCCGGGAACACCCAACCCGGACAACCUUCAGCCCACCUUUCCUCCUCCGGCCGUAACCAAUGACUCGCCAACCCAAAAUCAUGUCGGAGAAGUUGGCAAUCCUUCCUCACGUCGGCCGGCAUACCUCUUGCACAGAGACUUGGUCAUUGGAAAGGGAUCCUACGGUCAAGUAUGCAUUGCCUCGAGAGGUGAACCGGAAGGACACCAGUCCAAUCGCUCUGGUAAACGGAAAAAAUUCGCAUGCAAGUGUGUCAUGCUGCGCAAUGAUCCCAAGUACAUUGCCAAGCUGCAGGAAGAAGUUAACGUCUUGCGAGAGUUAAGGGGGCAUGAAAACGUCAUUCGGCUUUACGACGUUUUCUGUGUCGACAAUGAGCUCUUUAUAAUAACGGAGCUGGGACGCGGUGGUGACUUGUUCCACUUGUUGACGACCCAUCCCAAGCAUGGAGUCACGGAAGCGUAUGCUGCCAAGACUGUGGCAGAGAUGUUAUCAUCGGUUGCAUUCUUGCACUCGCGAAGUAUUUGUCAUCGUGAUUUGAAGUUGGAGAAUUGGGUCCUCGAAUCGGGCAAGGACGUCUGGAGCCCACUCAAGCUGAUUGACUUUGGUCUGUCGACGCACUUUACACGGGGACAACGGCUCUCUCGUGUGGUCGGGUCCUCGUACUACGUGGCACCAGAAGUCCUCAAGAAGUCGUACACCGAAGCCUGUGACCUGUGGAGUUUGGGUGUCAUUGUCUACAUGCUCUUGUCGGGAGCUCCUCCAUUCUACGGAAAGAAUGACGAAGCCAUCAAGGCUUCCAUUGUUCAAGGGGAAUACACAUUUCCUCAUGAACUCUUCAGGGAUGUUUCGGAUGAGGCCAUGGCAUUUGUUUCCACGCUGCUGUCCUACAACAUUGAGUACAGGUAUACAGCGGAGCAAGCCUUGACUCACCCAUGGUUGGCGGCCAACUGUGAUGCAGAAGCCCUGCAAAGAGCCAAGGACGGAGCUCGGGGAAUUGGUAUUGAUAACCAUCACCACUCGGCAGGAGGCAGUAGACCAGAACCCAUGCAGCUGUAAGAUGCCUGGCGCUACUUACACAACAACCUUUCCCAUUUGGACCUGGCAAUAGCAAUCACUACUGCAAACGGACAAAGAGAAAAAGCUCUACUACCAUGGGUGCUUGUGGCAUCAAAUCACUUGUUUAUACAAGAAAGUUUUUAAACCAAACGGAAACAGAGCUGGCUUCCUUGCCGAAAUGGGAAUAGCUGUCAGCAAUGUAUUGGCUUUCUUCACCCUCCCCUCCAUUUUCUUCUCAUCUCAUAUUCUUAUCCAGUUCGUCAUAAUGUAAUCGCAAUAUAAUUUGGUUGCU